AUGUCCCCAGCCGUGUCCCCGGCCGUGUCCCAGCACUGGCUGGCGGCGGGCAGGGCCUCGCCCAGGCUGGUGCUGGUGGUGGUGUUCGUGGCGCUGCUGCUGGACAACAUCCUGCUCACCGUAGUGGUACCCAUCGUCCCCACCUUCCUCUACACGACCGAGUACGAAGCUGCCAACGGCUCCGCGAGCCCAGCCCUGCCCGAACCGACUCCGGCAGCCCCGAGGGCUCCUCCUUUCUCCUCGCUGCUCUCCUACUUUGACAACACCACCGUGCCCGUUCGGGGCUUCACCGGCGCCGUGGAGCCGCUGAACGGGACGGGGAGCAGCCCCCCGGGACACCCCCCGAGCAGCCCCCUGGGACACCCCCCCAGGACAGCCCCAGCCCCAGCCAGGAGCUGCCUGCAGGGUGGGGAUUUCCUGGCCCAGGAGAACACCCGAGUGGGGCUGCUCUUCGCCUCCAAGGCUCUGGUCCAGCUGCUGGUGAACCCCUGGGUGGGUCUGCUGACCAACAGGAUCGGAUACCACAUCCCCAUGUUCCUGGGCUUCACCAUCAUGUUCCUCUCCACAGUCAUGUUUGCUUUCUCAGGCACCUACACCCUGCUGUUCAUCGCCAGAGCCCUCCAGGGCGUCGGCUCCUCCUUCUCCUCGGUGGCAGGCCUGGGGCUGCUGGCCAGCGUGUACCCCGACGACUCGGAGAGGGGCAGCGCCAUGGGGAUCGCGCUGGGGGGCCUGGCCUUGGGAGUGCUGAUCGGAGCACCCUUUGGCAGCAUCAUGUACGAAUUCGUUGGGAAAGCGUCGCCCUUCCUGGUCCUGGCCUUCCUCGCCCUCUUGGACGGAGCUCUGCAGCUGUGCAUCCUGCAGCCCUCCCGGAUCUCCCCGGAGAGCACCAAAGCCACGCCGGUGUCCACCCUGCUGCGGGACCCCUACAUCCUGGUGGCUGCAGGAGCCCUCUGCUUCUCCAACAUGGGUGUGGCCAUGCUGGAGCCCACGCUGCCCAUCUGGAUGCUGCAGACCAUGUGCUCCCCACAGUGGCAGCUCGGGAUGGCGUUCCUGCCUGCCAGCAUCUCCUACCUCAUUGGCACCAACCUCUUUGGGGUUCUGGCUAACAGGAUGGGCAGGUGGCUGUGCUCCAUGACUGGAAUGGCUGUGGUGGGAAUCAGCCUCCUCUGCGUCCCUCUGGCCACCAACAUUUACGGGCUGAUCGGCCCCAACGCCGGCCUGGGCUUUGCCAUAGGCAUGGUGGACUCCUCCAUGAUGCCCACCAUGGGCUACCUGGUGGACCUGCGCCACACCUCGGCCUACGGCACCGUCUACGCCAUCGCCGACGUGGCCUUCUGCAUGGGCUUCGCCAUCGGUCCCUCCACGGGCGGGGCGAUUGUGCGAGCCCUGGGCUUCCCCUGGCUGAUGGUCAUCGUCGGGGCGCUGAACGUGGCCUACGCGCCGCUCUGCUGGCUCCUGCGCAGCCCCCCGGCCGCCCAGGAGAAGAUGGCCAUCCUGAGCCAGGAGUGCCCCAUGAAACCCAGAAGCUACACCCCGAGGGAAGCCCAGCGGGAAUUCCCCCUCACGGAGGAGAGCGACGAUGGGGAGGCAGAGAACAUGGAAUAGCCACGGCAAGGAAUGCAUUCCCUGCUUUGGAGCGGAUAUUCUGGUUAAAGCACACGGGUGUGUGAGCAGACACGGGCAACUCAGCAUCGCUCACAUGGUGGGAGGUUGAAUUCCCAACCUCUCCAACCACCGGGAUUUGGAGGCUCCAUCCAUUUAGUGAAGCCGCUGUGGGAUUUAAGCAUGGAAUCAGCUGGCAGUAAAGAUGUCACUGCAAUGUCACCGCUCCUCUGAGGACACUAAAA